GCUGCCUUUCCCUUUGUUGCCUCAUCCGACUCCGCCUCCUCUUCUUCCCCGGCCUCUCCCUCGAUCUGCCGCAUCUGCUCCCCCUCCUCCACCAAACCCUAGCCGACCCGCAGCGCUCAGGAGGAGCAUCUAGGCGGACUAGGUCAGAGCAGCGGCAGCCGCGCUCCCAUGGCGGCGCCCAAGCCCAUCUGGGUGCGCCAGGCCGAGGAGGCCAAGCUCAAGUCCGAGGCCGAGACGGCCGCCGCCGCCAAGGCCGCCUUCGACGCCACCUUCAAGGCGCUGGCCGCCGCCGGGUCCGGCGACGACGACCAGGACCCCGACCCCGCCCCGCCUUCCCCGGACGAGCCAGCCUCCCCCGGCUCGGACGACGACGCCCCGGCCCCGCCCGGCCCGGUCGACCCGUCCAAGUGCUCCGCGGCGGGGCCUGGCAUCGCCGGCGGAUCUGCCGGCACGCCCGCCACCUUCACCGUCGUCGCCAAGGACCGCCACAGCCGGAGGCUCACCGCCGGCGGUGCGCGCGUGCGCGUGCGUGUCUCCCCUGCUGCGGGAGUCGGCGGGGACGACCUCGACGGCGCUGUCAAGGACAACGGGGACGGAUCCUACACGGUGACCUACGCCGUCCCCAAGCGCGGCAACUACAUGGUCCACGUAGAGCUCGACGGCUCCCCCGUCAUGGGGAGUCCCUUCCCCGUCUUCUUCAGCGGCUCCACCGCCACACCCACGUCUGCUUUCCCCUCCACGCUACCGGCCGUCAGCUCCGCCUACCCCAAUAUGGUCAACCAGACCAUGCCCAACAUGCCCAACUACACAGGCGCGCCCUCCAGUGCAUUCCCCAGCCUCCUUGGGGCCAUGCCUAGCUCCUCCACUGGUUCAUCUGGUGGAGUUGUCCUUCCCGGGGUUGGUGCCUCGCUGGGGGAGAUAUGCCGGGACUACGUGAAUGGGAGGUGCACAAAAUCAGACACUGAGUGUAAAUUCACCCACCCGCCGCAGCAGCUGCUGAUGACGUUGCUUGCGGCUACAUCGUCUGUCAGUGCCUUUGGCAACACACCCAUGGCACCAUCUGCGGCAGCCAUGGCAGCCGCACAAGCCAUCAUGGCUGCCCAGGCACUGCAGGCACAUGCUGCGCAGGCUAAAGCCUCAGGAGAUGCUUCAGGCUCAAUGGAUAAAGCUGCUGAAGCUGAUGCCCUAAAGAAAAUUGUUCAAAUUAGCAACCUGAGUCCAAUUCUUAGUGUGGAUUAUAUUAAGCAGCUAUUUGGGGUAUGUGGUAAAGUUGUCGAUUGUACCAUCACGGAUUCGAAACAUUUUGCUUAUGUCGAGUACUCUAAACCUGAAGAAGCAACUGCAGCAUUGCAACUCAAUAACACGAAUGUUGGUGGUCGUCCAUUGAAUGUGGAGAUGGCUAAAUCUCUUCCUCCUAAAGCUAAUAAUAACUUGCCUAUGAUGAUGCAACAAGCUGUUCAGUUGCAACAGAUGCAAUUCCAGCAGGCUCUAUUAAUGCAACAGUCAAUAGCAACCCAACAGGCUGCUGCACGUGCGGCCACUAUGAAAUCUGCCACUGAAGCAGCUGCAGCAAGGGCUGCUGAGAUAAGCAGGAAGUUGAAGGCUGAGGGAUUUGGUGGGGAUAAUGUGGCAGAAAAGGAUGCCAAAGGGAAGUCAAGAUCACCAUCACCCACUACUCGUAGAUCAAAAUCUCGGUCAAGAUCACCUAUCAAGUACCGUAGGAGCAGGCGAUCCCGCUCCUACUCCCCCCCAAUUAGACGGUCAAGGGAACGUCGAUCACGUUCACCAUCAAGAUCUCGCCACUCUAAGUAUGGUAGUGAUCGAUCACAUAGGGACGAUAGGGACAGGCAUACCAGGUCUGGAAGGAGAGAGAGCGACCGAUCCCGUGAUCAUCAUUCGUCUAGUUCAAGGAGAAACAGGAGCAGAAGUAAAAGUCCAAGGCAUAAGAAACCCUCCAGAGAUGAUUCUCGGUCACCCAAGCAACAAAGAGAAGAAAGUAUAAGUCCAUCAAAAUCAAGGUCAACUCGGGCUGGUUCAAGAUCACCACGACACCAUAAAGGAAGCAAAUCAUCACCAACUCGUGACCGCCAUUCUCGCCGCAGUAGGCAUUCAAGAUCCAGAUCUCCUGAGAGAAAACAUCGUCACAGUGAUAAAAAGGACAGCAGAAGGUCUGAGAUUCAGGAUGACAAAAGAAGAUCUCAUAGAGGUAACAGAGGUGACAAACAUGAAAGGUCUGUAAAGGAUGAAGUGGAACGAUCCCAUAGAGGUAACAGAGGUGACAAAGAUGAAAGGUCUGUAAAAGAUGAAGUAGAAAAAUCCCAUAGAGGUAACAGAGGUGACAAAGAUGGAAGUUCUGUAAAGGAUGAAGUGGAAAGAUCCCAUAGAGGUAACAGAGGUGACAAAGAUGAAAGGUCUGUAAAGGGUGAAGCAGAAAGAUCUCGUAGAGUUGACAAGGAUGAACGUUCUGUACAGGAUCCAGUUGAAGAUAGAAAGGUGGAUACUUCAAUUGUUGCACAUAAGAGGAGCUCAACAGAAUCUGAUCUGAACAAUAGUAGUAACCAUAAGAAAUCUAGACAUGAUGGUGGUUUGGAAGAGGAUGAAAAAAAUGAUGUGUGUGCUGCUGUAGCUGAUAUUAAUGGGAAACAUGAAGCUGGAGUAGAUGGCUCUUUAGGGGCCACUGAAGAAUCUGCUAUAUGAUAGCAACCAGUGUUUACAUGGUGGCUGCUGUUUCAUCCAGCUGGCUGAUCACAGUAUCACUUGAUUGAUGAUGAUGCAGAACGCUGAACUGGUGUUUAUUAUCUUCCUUUCUGAUUUAGGAGUUUUAUUUGCAGGGUAUGAAGAUCUUCGGACAACUUUCGGAGUGUUCAUCUGAUAUAUUAAAAUGUAUUCUUCAUUAACUCGAGAUUUGUUCCUUGGAGUGAACUUUCUAAAUGUAAAACUGGAGCUUGUAAGGUGAUUUCAUACAGUGAGGUCGAAACCAACCACAUAUUUGUCGUUUCAGGCUCAUGAUUCUGUGAAGAGUUGUUGGAGCUCAUUUCUGGGAUGUCGAGUGAAGAUACAAGGGAGUACACACUUACUCAAAGUAAAGUCCGUAUACAAGACUACAAACAACUUAACUUCUAGGCUAUGUUACUUUUGAAUCGGAAUGCUUUGGCUAGUGAAAUGGUCCAAAUAUGCUUGUCCGUAUACUGUAACACCUUCUGAUGCACUUAGUUUGCUGAAAGUACUGCCUUAUAUUUUCAUCUGGUUAUUACCAUGUGUAUCUUGUAUCAGUUAUGGUUUGAAAGGUUGGUUAAGCUACAUUUGGAAAACACAGGGAAUUGUGAUAUAGGUUUUAUCCAUCAUCCUGUCUACUGCUUAAGUUAUCCUGUCUGCAUAGAAUUGCUUUCUCAAUAUGCCUUGGCAUUCAUUGCUUUUCGUUUGUCUGUUUCUUUUCCUCUUUUUUUCCUUUUGAGUGACAGGGUUCUGCCUCAGAAGCCAGUGUAAGUGACUGAUGUGAGGCAAUCGACCCUAUUCGAGUUGUGCCUUGCUAGCUCCAGAGAUAAGCAGCGUACCUUUGAACAAUUGUGUUGCUUUCCUUACAUCUUUCUAUUAUUCUUCAUUUUAGUUUUGCUGUUUAGACAGUAUACACUGAGAUUGCACCUUACCCUUCUGUAACUGGUGCUGUCAUACUGGAAAACCUGUGCAGGUUUUUCAAAGGGGAUUGCCAUUGGCGUCUGUCUUGAGGGGAGUCUAUUCACUUUGAGAAGGUAUGGGUUUGUGUUAUGGAUGUAGUAAUGAAUAAUGCUAUCCUCUUGGUUAGAAACAGUAGCACCAUCUGACCCACCGAAUAGGACCUUUGGUAGGUGUUCAGCCCAGAAUCCUCAAUCUUGCCUGUGAUUCUGCAUCUACACUGUGUUGUGCAUUGAGGUUAUUCUAUUUCCAUCCUUUUAUGGGACCAAUUUAGGACUUGGAAUUAUGGCAGUGUUUGCCAAAUUCGCAUGGACGGUUUGCUAGCAUUUUAGUUUUGCAGGUCUGGUAUUUUUUGAAGUCUGAACAAUUCCGUGAUGUUCCCUUUUCGUUCUGCUCUGUCUGUUUUUGGCUUUGUGCUCAGGGAUAAAAGAUUGUUUUGGGGUGCUACAUCGGAGGUGGGCGGCAUCGUAGCUGCGCGUGAGCCGUGUGUUGUCUGAGGAAUAAAGAUUGUGUUCUGCAUCGUAGCUGCACGUGAGCCUUGUGUGCUCGCUGCAUCGAGCUAAGCUAAGCUGUCUGCCUUUUAAACCAAUUUUGUUUUGUUCAUUGCAAAGCUUACUUCUAUCUUGUCUCAAAAAUCAAAGGGCAUGUUCGCUUCAGCUUAUAAGCCGGCCGAAAAGCUGAAACGGCUGAUUUGUUGUGAGAGGAAAAUACUGUUUGGUGGCUGAUAAGCCGGCUGAAUAAGCUGAAGCGAACAGGCUAAAAAUGCUUCUGCAUAACAUCAUCUAUGGAUGAGAGGCACCUCCUUUGCUCC